GAGAAAGUCAAAGAGGGGUAGAAGCCUAAAAGAGAGGAAGCUGGUGAGUUAAAGAAGCAAAAGAUGGGGUUAAUGUAGGAGAAAAAGAAGUUCAUCCAGUGCACCACAACAGCUGACGGAGGAGGAGAGAAACAAGUGCUAAGGGAAAAUUGGGUCAGUGAGAGAGUAGAGGGAGAGGAGCAUGUGUUAGAGGAGGAGAGGCACACUGAGAGAGGGGGCGACCGACACAGAAAUGGAGAGAAACCCUCAGCAAGCCCUUCAACUACAGUAACAAGUGGUCACUUGAGCAAUCACUGGUCACUCAGAGACAAAUUCGAGCAACUCUCUUGUACAACACAAACAGCAAUCUCUCGCCUUCUGAGGCAGACACCUUCACAGUCAUGGCCAGCCUUCCCAAAGAGCCCCCUGAGGAUGCCAAGAAAAAGAGCUUCUGGAUGCCGGGGAAUUACAGUCGCACGGUAACCCGGACGGAGCAGUCCUACCAGGCCUGCAACGACAUCGUGGCGUGCUUCAUGGAGAGAGCGAGGGUGGAGAAACAGUACGCCCAGCAGCUCAGUCAGUGGAGCGGCAAGUGGAAGUCUAUCAUCGAUUCUCGGCCGCUAUACGGCUCCCUCAUGAAGGCGUGGCAGUGUUUCUUCACCUCCACCGAGCGCCUGUCCAACCUCCACUCGUCCAUCUCCCAGUCGCUCGUCGCAGAGGAAGGGGAGCGGGUGAAGACCUGGCAAAAGGAGACCUUCCCAAAGAGGAUCUUCUGUGGGUUCAGAGAGAGCCACGACAACAACUCAAGUUUCUCACGGGCCCAGAAACCCUGGUCCAAAAAGCUCCUGAAGCUGGAGAAGGCCCGUGUUGCAUAUCACAAGUCCUGUCAGAGGGAGGCUACGACACUCGACAAAGAGAAACAAGCAAAUGAAAACUCUGAGAUGAGUCCGGAGAAGAAGCAGAAAUUCACAGAUGCCAGAGAGAGGACCACAGAGGAGAAAGAAAAGUGUAGAGAGCACUAUGAGAAACUUCUGGAGGAUGUGACGUCAUACACUCCCCGCUAUAUGGAGGAGAUGGAAGCCAUCUUUGAACAGUCACAGGAGGAGGAGAGGAAGAGGAUCAGCUUCUUAAAGCAGGCCUUCCUCUCCAUUCACAGACAUCUUGAUGUCACCAACAACGAGAGUGUGAAGGCUGUGUACAGCGAGCUGCACCAAACUCUGAUGUCCAUCAGUGACCAGGAUGACGCUAAAUGGUGGAAGAACAACCACGGGCCCGGCAUGCCCACUGACUGGCCCAAGAUUGAGGAAUGGGUCCCACCUGUGAAAAAGCUAAAUAGAAAGAAGAGAGAGCAGAGGAGAAAAGAGAGCCGACCUGUGAUGAUCGGGGGCGUGAAGGUGCGAGCGCUGUACGACUACGUGGGAGAGGAGGGAGAUGAGCUGUCCUUUAAAGCAGGUGAAGUGUUCCUGAAGGUGGAGGAGGAGGACGACCAGGGUUGGUGUCGAGGAGUCCUCACCGGGGGAAAGGAGGGCUUCUACCCUGCGAACUAUGUUGAAGCCGUGGAGUGAUAUCUCACUGUCUAAUAUAUAAUGUGUCCCAAACUUAUUUCUCACAGAGUUAGUUUUCAGAUAUAAAGAUUAAAUUAUUGAUAUUAUCUGUUUUCUCUCACAGAGUCAAACAUGUUUCCAGAAAUUAACCUGCAGAUUAUGUCAAAUUUGUUACCUAAGGCCUUAAUAUUCUAACCGUUUGGUUUGAGUACUUCUGCAAUAUAGACAUAACUUAUCGAAGACUAGAAUGUACUGUUUGUGCAGAAUGUGUAUGUGUAAGUGUGUAUGUUUGUUUGCAUGCAUAUGUGCAAGUUAAUACCAAAGAGGAGAAAACAAGAGGAGAUAUUUAUUUACUGCCCUCAUGUCUGAAUCAUCAGGUCGCUGAUCGAGGUUAAUGAGGUUAAGCCAGGCGCAGGUUUACAAUGCACACAUGCUUAAUGUUUACCUAAUAAGUAUUAUGUGAUGUCACUUUGACUGAGGGAGUGGAUUUUCAAAUAAAAGUGUAAUUGUUUUACCUCUA